ACGGCGUUAAGGUCUAGAAUUUAUGUAUGGAGUGCGUCGUAGCGAGUAGCAAGAAAAACAGAGAGACGUUCCAUUGUUUGGGUUAUUCAUGAUUACGCUGGCGAGAUACCAGGGAUCAUGAAGGCUUUUAUCGUAUUUACCACCUUGUGGGCUGUUGGUAAUGCCCUUUCAGAAAGUUGCUAUAGAGAUGUAGAAAGUGUUUGUACACCAUCUAAUAAGUUAUCAACAGUUACCACCCAUUGUACUGCUAAAUAUGGUGCCAUCGACCAGAUUGAACCGAGACUUCAAAAAUACGUUAAUAAUCAUUUCACUAGAUCUUUUGAGUACCUUCUGAUGUCCACUCACUUCGCUAAUUACAACAAAAAUCGACCAGGAUUUGAGAAACUCUUCCGAAGCUUUUCGGACGAUACCUGGGAAGACGGCAUUGAACUAAUUCAGUAUAUCACCAAACGUGGUGGGCAGAUGAACUUUAACGUACUGUCUGACUUUGACGAGAGAACUCCUGACUUCGAGCUGUACGAGUACUAUUCUAUCGCUAAAGCUUUAGAUACCUAUAAGGAAUUAGCUAUGGAAGCUCACACAAUCCACAAGGAAGCUGCAAAGGAGAACAGUAAAUUCCACGAUCCAGAAAUAACUUCUCAUAUAGAGCAUGAGUUCAUGCACAAGCAUAGAGAUAUAAUCAGGAAGUUGGCCGGGUACGCCACCGACUUAAAUAGUAUACUCAAUGGAACAGACAGCUCGUUGUCUUUGUAUCUCUUUGAUGAGUAUCUUCAGAAGCAGUGAACGUUUUCUUGUAUAUUUUACAGUUUCGUUAUAUUGUAUUAUUCCAGUUGUAGAAAAAACUUUUCCAUAAUUAAGUAGUCGUGUAUUUUUGUUAAUAUUUUGUGAUUCAUUCUUUAAUACCUUUAAAGGCUGUUUAUAUGAUUUAAUGUAACGAGUUUUAAUAAAAUAAUAAAUCUAU